CAAGUAUACAAGAUGGCAGUUCAUAUAUGAUGCUUUGCCUGACACGCGUCGUUUGAUGGUGCCUCAGGAUGACAAGAGGAUAUAGAAUUAUACGGGUGAAACAGAUCGCCGCGUUGGUAUUAGUCUUCGCCUGCGUGGCAACGUUAAGGAAACUCGGGUCCAGGGCACUUCUUUGGUAUGGAUGGGGAAACGAAUACACGGAUACUGUUUUGAACUUCUACACAGCUUUAUCGCAGAAAAUGUCGGUGGUCCAUUCACCGAGAUGGAAAGAGCUGAUGCUGGAUGCUGCACACAUCAACAUCAGCCAGGCAGAAAGGAUGAUGCUGCAUCUGUCGCCAACACUGCACUCCUAUAAAUGGGCUGAUUUGGAUCUUACGAACUUUCCAGAGUUCGAAUUCCUUCCAAAUUUCAAGAAUCCGUGUUGGAGGGAAUCAUAUAUUCCUCCAGUGACCUGCCCGAUCGCACCCAAUUACAAACGGAACAUGACGUCAAUACCACGCUCCAAAAUGUCUUUAAGGUGCCUCCCGUACUUCUUAAUUAUUGGUCAGCCAAAAUGUGGCACCACAGACAUAUACAGAAGAUUAAAUAUGCAUCCAGAAGUGACCUUACCUGGACCGAAGGAGUCGUUUUGGAUGGAAAGAAUUCGCUUCCGUCCCAACUGUUCAUCGAUAAACACAUAUCUGGACUAUCAACAACGAAGUGCCAAUUCCAUUGACCGGGUUUUCAGGAAGGGCGCCGCGGGAGAAGUCUACCAUCACGUGAUCACAGGCGACGGCUCUGUGGAUGUGAUGUGGGACAAUACGUUCUGGCCGAUGUUGCCGGGCAACGAGGGAUGCCGAGAGCCAUGCGUCACAAACGCCGACAUGGUCCAUCAUCUUAAUCCGAGAGCGAGCAUCAUCAUCAGUCUGAGGAAUCCCAUCGACAGGCUGUACUCCGAUUACUUGUACGAGGCCCAAUGGCUUCACUACGGAAUAUCGAAGCUGGACUUCCAUCAAGAAGUAGAGCAGGAGAUACGAGAGUUUAAUGCGUGCCUUCUUACAAACUCAGUCAGAGGAUGUGCAUAUACUGGAAGCCAUGAAAACGCCUACAGUUCAAAGGUUCGACUCAGACAGGGGCUUUAUUCGGUCCACGUUUCUGACUGGUUGAGAGUAUUUCCUCGUCAGCAACUGCACAUCAUCAAAUUUGAAGAGUAUAUGCUGGAUAUCGAAAAUCAUAUGAAAUCUCUCUUUAGGUUCUUAGAUCUACGUGAACUAACAAAGAGUGAAAUGACACCAAUAUUGGAGCUGAAACGUAGUAAUACAAGAAAAGCUGCAGCUCAAAGGGUUGGCGAAAUGCUCGCUGAAACAAGGCAAUUGCUGACAUAUUUCUAUGGACGCUAUAACAAGGAGUUGGCAAACAUACUUAGUGAUACAAAAUAUUUAUGGGACUAAUAAAAAUGUAUAUA